AUAGUUUAAAUCUCUUCUCACUGUCAUACCGUAGGCAGAGAGGAGAUUUAAUCACAAUGUUUAAAAUUUUAAAUAAUGACUACGGACCUGGCCUAUUCUCUCUUUUCCUUCCCACCAGGUCGGAACACCUUAGAGGACACAGCAGGAAAGUUCAAAAGCCAAGGAGAAAUCAUAUUGCUGUUGAGUACUGGUUCUCACAUCGAGUCAUAAACUCUUGGAACCGACUCCCAGAAGAAGUGGUGUCUGCAACCUCAACUGAUUCGUUCAAGAAGGGUUUGGACAACCACAGAAAUCUACUAGAAAAGGAUUAAUAUAGGCUGCAAGCCUUCUAUCCUCAACCAGAAAACCUGAAUCUGAAAUCUGAUACUCGUUGGCGCCAAUUAUAAUCUUGUCAUCCGCGUGCGCGGGUUUUAUUUUGCGAGGUUCUCCACUGCUUUACUCACUAUUCACAGGCUAUUAAGCCGAUAUUAUUGAGUACGUCUCCCUUAGGCAAUGACUGGACCUGUAUCUCGUGGUAUAUUCGUUGUACUGGAAGGUGCAGAUCGUGUAGGGAAGACAACACAGGCGUCACUUUUGGCUAAGGCUUUAUCAGAACUCACAAAGAAGGAGACAUUGUCCGUUAAAUUUCCUGAUCGUGACACACCACUUGGAAAACAGUUAGAUGCAUAUUUAAGUGGUGCAGGUGAAAUUAAUAAUCAUGCCCUGCAUCUAUUGUUCACUGCAAAUAGAUGGGAAAAACAAUCGGAUAUUCGAAAGGCUAUCGCUGAUGGGAUUCCUGUUGUAGCAGAUAGGUAUAUAUAUUCGGGUAUUGCAUACACAGCUGCUAAGCCAUCAUCAACACCUAAUUGGGAAUGGUGCUGUGAAAUGGAAAAAGGUCUUGUCGCGCCAGAUUUAGUCAUCUGCCUAACUCCAGAUAAUAUGGAUUCAUUAAAUUCUAGAAAUGGUUACGGUAGUGAACGUUAUGAAAAGGAUGAUUUUCAAAAACGUGUUCUCGAGAAUUAUGUUCGUAUUUCUAAAGAAGUUCAGUUGGAGAAUAAUGAUGAGGAGGAGAAUGAUUCAGUUGGCUUUUGGCAUUUUGUACAAGCCACAAAUAAGUCGGUGGAUGAAGUACACCAGUGUAUUAUGUCACUUGUAAAAUCAAAGCUGGAAAGUAUGACUGGUCCAGAGAUUCAUGAUUGUACGAAAGAAACUAACUGAUUUGUUUUUAAUUCAGCUAUGUAAUUUUCAACACCAUUUUCCGGUAUGAUUCGAAAUAUACAUACACUCUUUCUAAUUAAACAAUUUAGUUCUAUUUGUGCGCCCUUUUUUCUUAUCUCUUAGCGUUUCAAGCGUGAGUAUUAGUGCUUCAGUGACGGUGG